GCGUUUAACAAUACCCAAUAAUUUCAGUAUUUUAAAAAUUUGUUUUUUGAGAAAGAAAUGAAAAAAAUCUGUUUUAUAGCAUUAUAUAAACACUUGGUAUUUCUCCCCAGUUCUACACAGUUACAACAUACAACACCAUCAACAAUGGCUUCUCUCCUGUUUUUGUUCCUUUCUCUCUCCAUCCUCUCCGCAACAGCUCGGGCUUCCGAUAUGUCCAUCGUUUCCUACGACAAGAGCCACGGCAUCUUCGGCCAGCGCUCCGACGACGAGGUUAGGUCGCUGCACGCGGCGUGGAUGGUGGAGCACGGCAAAACCUACAACGCGUUGGGGGAGAGCGAGAGACGGUUCCAGAUCUUCAAGGACAACUUGCGAUACAUCGAUGAGCAGAACGCGCUGCCGAACCGGAGCUACAAGCUCGGCCCGAACCGGUUCGCCGAUCUCACCAACGACGAGUACCGGAAGGCUCAUCUGGGAACCAGACCGGACGCCAGCCGGCGGCUUUCGACUGUGAAGAGCGAUCGCUAUGCGCCGAAGCUCGGCGACAGCUUGCCGGACUCCAUUGACUGGAGAGAGAAAGGCGCCGUUGUGGAGGUCAAAGACCAGGGCAGCUGCGGGAGUUGCUGGGCUUUCUCCACGAUUGCUGCUGUGGAAGGAGCAAACGCCAUUACUACUGGCGAUUUGAUCUCACUCUCGGAGCAAGAACUGGUGGAUUGUGAUACCUCGUACAAUCAAGGCUGCAAUGGUGGUUUGAUGGACUAUGCAUUCGAAUUCAUUAUCAAGAACGGCGGCAUCGACUCCGAGAAGGACUACCCAUACACCGGCAGGGACGGGAGAUGCGAUCAGUACAGGAAAAACUCCAAAGUUGUGUCAAUCGACAGUUACGAAGAUGUUCCUGCGAACAAUGAGGCGGCGCUGCAGAAGGCCGCCGCCAGCCAGCCAAUAGCCGUCGCCAUCGAAGCUGGAGGGUGGGACUUCCAGCUGUAUCAAUCAGGCAUCUUCACAGGGUCGUGCGGCUUGGCGUUGGACCACGGCGUGAACGUGGUCGGGUACGGCACCGAAGACGGGAUGGACUACUGGAUCGUGAGGAACUCGUGGGGCGCCGCGUGGGGGGAGAAAGGGUACCUGCGGAUGCAGAGGAAUGUCAAGGCCAAGCAAGGCCUAUGCGGGAUCGCAGUGGAGCCGUCUUACCCGAUCAAGAAGGGGCCCAACCCGCCCCCCACCCCGCCCGCCCCGCCUUCUCCGGUGGCGCCCCCCACCGUCUGCAGCAACUACUACGCCUGCCCUGCUAGCGAGACCUGCUGCUGCAUCUUCCAGUUCAUCGGGAUGUGCCUCGAGUGGGGCUGCUGCCCCCUCGAGGGCGCCUCGUGCUGCAAGGACCACAGCAGCUGCUGCCCCCAUGAUUACCCCGUCUGCAACACACGCGCCGGCACCUGCUCCAUCAGUGCCAACAGCCCGCUUGGGGUUAAGCCGAUGCAGCGCAUGCGUGCUAAGCCGAUCGCGAGUUACGCGAGGGAUGCCGCGGUUAGUAGCUUCUGAGAGAGCUCCGAGUGCAGGCGGCCGACCUUGCCCGACGAAGAUGAAGGAGGCAUUGUGAUGGCAAUGUCGUCGUCGGUGGCGGUGGAUUUGGCGCAAGGUGAACGAAGCAGGGUCGUGAUUAUUAUUGUAUGAUUCUGGAUAUUUGUGGCUUUCAAUUUGGACCCUGCAAACUCAUUUAUCUUUACUUCCAUCACUACUUGUAUAUGUAUGCUAAUUGCUAAGUUUAUCUACGCAUAAUUGUUUUCCUUUCUUAA